AUGGCGCCAUGCAACUUUCAACCGCAGCAUUGUGUAAAUGGCCUGCUUCAUGGCCUAGCCGCCUCUAUUCCGUCUUAUCAUAAUACCUCUACCGCGUUUCUCGAAUUCAUCAACGAUACUCGUGGUGAUACAUGGAAUCUCAAAGUCCCGCGAUACAACGAUGCCUUUCUGAACGGUGAAACAUCGUAUCCUGCCUUUGUUGAGUCUUCACAUCCUGAGGAUGCGGUUACAGACUCUGAAAUCGAUGACACCGGACCAGUCAUCCGUGCUUCCCUUCCCUUAGUGGCCGAUGACGGUUGGACAAAUCUCCUAGGGUUUCGUGGCAAUGGUACCAUUUAUGAUGCGCGCUACGCAUGCAUUCAGCCGGAGUUCCAAGGGCUGAACUUCUCAGGCUCUAGUGGACCGUACCCCGGGGAUCUGAGCCUCUCUGGCAGUGUUCGCCCAGUGAGGUCAUUAGGCACCUCUCUCAUCCUUCCUCCAGAUAACAGAUUUACUAAAUUCGGGUGCCGCGUGAUUUCGGAUGGUAAACUUGGAAACUGGCCCAUGACUGUUUGUAUACUCGACCCUGGUGUUGGUGGGUUUCUUAGCGCUGUCGAUCCAUCAUAUAACACAUCCCUUCACUAUGAUUACGUCCGCGUCGACGCCAAGGAAGGUGGCUAUUCGACUCAAUCGACAGCUCAUGAGUUUGAUCAUAUGCUCAACAAAGUUCCGAUCCCAGUUGGACCUGCCUACCUUAUCCUAAAUAUGACCAACACCUCGGGCUAUAGUAUCGACACCACCUCCUUUCCGAUAAGGUUUGGCAUUACUGAAGAUUGGCAAUUGGGUCCACACAGCCAGUGGCUUAGCAUGACAUCUUCUCAGCCAGACAGCGUUCUGAUUUCCAAUGACACGGGGGACCUAGUCCCCGUGCUGGAUCACGUUUGGUCUAUUGAUGCAACUCUUUGCUAUGGAGGUUUCUACGAUACCAAGACGAUAUAUAUCGAGGCGGAUAGAAUCAGACCUGCCACCGAACCGAUAACUCUUAGUCAAGGGUUACAUCAAACUGGAGCUUCGGUGGACAGUGAUUCGGAAGAGGACCGAGGUAUUUUCCAACUCUCGUAA